CCACGAUCUUCACUACCACACAUCAACCUCUUCUACAUAGACCACUGCUUUUUCAUCGCGUGCUUCAUCUCCGUAGCACUCGCUGAACACGUCGCUCACCACGCGCAUCAUGGCGGCUCCAGCAGCAGCAGUAGCUGCAGCCGCUGCCUCGCGCCCUCGUCGAGCGGCCUCGAACCGCUUCCGCCAAUCUUCCCCGCCACGCGCCGCCGCAAACUCGUCCGAUGAUGGUGACCUCUCCGAGGACUCCUUUGACUCGGGCAGCGAGAUCGACAUGGACGACACGGCCGACUUCAUGGCACCAGGCGCGUCGAAGAAGCUGAAGCGUCCUCGCGUCCCCAAAGCCAAGAAGGCCAAGACGACCACCAAUGGCUCAGCGGCGACGCGGACGAAGGCGACCAAGUCCAAGGCAGCUGGCGGUGGUGGCAAGAGACAAGCUGGUGCGGCCAAGGCAGCACCUCGAGUGGCAGCGAGCAAGGAGGAGCUAGAGAUUAGCGACGACGUGCCCUUGUUCAACGCCGUCAAGAAUUCAGAGACGGCUCUUCAGACUACGGCCGAAGAUUGGGUCAUAGCCUAUCAGGAGAACCCUGGACCAGCUCUGACGGAGCUCGUCAACUUCUUCAUUCGAUGCUGCGGCUGCAACAGCUCGACGGACGAGCAAGGUGCAAUGGACCUUGACAACAUCGUCGACACACUCGACGAGAUUCAAGAGGAGUUUCGCAAUAUCCCAAUGCCAUCCUAUCCCCUCGUAUCGCGCGCUCCUGCUUUCAAGAAGUUCAAGCGCUCCCUUUCCGAGUUCAUUUCACGCCUCCUUCACACGGCCUCAGAGUCAGAGCUGCUUCUUGUCGCUCCCACCACCGAGAUGUCAUCGGACGACGUCAUCGACAAUCCUUUGCUCAAUGUUCUCAAGGAGUGGCUUUCCUCUCUGUCGUCAUCCACCUUCCGCUCCUUCCGACACACCUCUACCUUCAUUGUGCUCAACCUAGUUGAGGGCCUCGCUGCCCUCGCCUCCGAAAAGCGCAAGAGCGUCGAUACAACCCGCAAGCAGCUCAAUGCCGAAAGCAGCAAGAAGGCUCGCGCUGACAAGAAGAGGCUCAAGAAUCUUGACGAGACCUGGAAAGCAGAGAAAUUGGAAGAUGCUACGCUCCGGGAUAGCAUCCGCGACCUCAUCGAUAGCGUCUUCCAGCACCGAUACCGCGACGCAGACCCUCUCAUCCGCACCGACUGCGCUACCGAGCUUGGGCGAUGGAUGAAAGCGUACCCGGACAUGUUUGUCAUGACGGAGUUCUUUCGCUACAUUGGCUGGUGCCUCAGUGACGCCCACGCAGCCGUCAGGAUCGCUGCUGUGCGAGCACUGAAUGGUCUCUACUCUCGAUCGGCGUUUCCCGAGGCCAUGCGCGCCUUCACCGAGCGCAAUAUUGCCAGGCUUAUCCAGAUGGCAGUCAGCGACAUCGACCUCACCGUGCGCGUCUCGACGAUUGAGAUUCUCAUCCACAUCGACCGCAGAGACCUGCUCGACGAGGAGCAGAGGGACGAAAUUGGCAUGCACAUAUUCGACGUUGAACCGCGCAUCCGAGCAGAGGUCAGCCGCUUCGUGCUGGGCCUUGUCGAGGAACAGGUCGAGGAGCAAGUGGACGACACAAUUGGCUCCGCACCAGUGUCGGGCACGGCGGCGGCCAAGGACGCCAAAUCGAGGGAGCAGAGGACCAAGUGGGAGGCAGAGGUGCGCAAACUGCGAUUCAAAAUUCUCGCCGAGAACCUGGUCAAGUACGAAAAGGCCAUCGACGACCUCACUGAUAUAGGCGCUCAGGUCGCAUCAUCGUCCAUGACUACGCAAGCGCAGACGCUCGUCGCGGAGGGUUCCGGCCGUAUUGGACUCGCCAUCGAGAUGCUCUGGUCUUUCGACGAUGAUGAAGGCAAGGCUCCGCUGUCAAGCUGUUCCACACUACUCGAGACCUUGCUCUAUGAUCACUCUGCUGCUCAAGGUGAUGCAGAGCCAGCCGCAGCUGGGCGAGGCGGCCGGGCAAAGAAUCGCACUGCAGGAGCAGGGGCAGCGGCGGCUUCAUCGACGUCGGUCGUCGGUUACUCCGGCAGUCAGCCUGGCAAUGAGGCCUAUCGCCUGCUCCCUCCUGAGGAGACCGUCUUGCUUGAAGCCCUCGUCGCUAUUAUCAAGCAUAUGCGGCAUCUCAGCGACUCUGCCAGAUCGGCUGCCGCCUUGGCCAAUAAGGGAGAGCCUUCCGAAGUGCCAGAGAAGGAGCGCCUCGAUGAGCUUACUCGAACUAUAGUGCCCGCGCUACCCAAGCUUUUCGCCAAGUACAGGACGGAGUCGCAGCGAGUAUCUGAAGUCUUACUGCUCGUGCCUAUGCUCGACCUCGAGCUCUAUGCCACUACUGGGCAGACGUCUACCUUCUCCAGCUUGUGGGACGAGGUCUCGACGCAAUUCCAGCGCCACUCGGAGAGCAGCCUCCUCAAGAGGGGAGCCACAGCCAUUCGCGCUCUCGUUGCCAGCGCGUCCAACCAUGCCAGCCUCACAGAGCUCACCAGCAGCAAGCUCACCUCUCUGCAAGACUCUCUCAUCGGCGCCCUUCGCGAACCGCUCAAGGGCAAAGACGUCUCCUCGACCGCAUUCGACGAGGACACCCGCUUCGCUCUGCAGGUCAAUCUUGAACGCCUGGCUGAGAUCGGUGCUGCUACCGACUGCUGCGAGGUCAUGGAGGACACAGAAGACGGACAGGUCAGUUCUGGUUGGGAAAUCAUCCGCGAGGUGGCCAUGCGGGCCAGCCUGCGAUACGAGGGGGAAGAGCGUAUGGUAUCAAUGUGCCUGCGGGUCAUGACGAUUCACCUGCUUUGGAAGCUGCGGACGCUGCUCUCGAUGAGCACCACCAUGGCAGCGCAAGAUGACCGACAAGCCCUCGCUGCCAGCCUCCUGGUGCAGCGCAACGAUGCGUUCGAAGUCAUGCAAGACCUUAUGUCCGGCUCGACGUCGCUACCCGCCGUGAGCAGCGCCGCUGCCUCGCGCCUGCUUCAACUCCACAUGGCCUUUCAUUCUGCUCAAUCGGCAGAUGCCGCAGCCGCGGCUGCCCACGCAAGGCACAAUGGCAAUGCUCAGCAGAUGGAAGACGGAGCUGGAGAUGGCGAGGAUUCGCAAUACCAACCCAAGCUACCGCAGAGCCUUCAUACUAGCAUCUCAUCCUUGACACAAGAGGCUUGUGUGCAGGUCGUCUUGACGCAGGUGCAGAGGCAUAUCAUCGACAACGAGGAUGCCGACGACCUCGCCGCCUCGGAUGUCAGCGAUGGCGACGGAGAGGAAAAAGAAGAGGAGGGCCAGCAGCGCCGACACAGUAAGGGAGCGAAGAGGGGCAACUCCUCGAAUGGCGCAGUGCCUUCGCAGACUCGCCUUGAAGCCGAGGUCGACCUCAACCAAGUAGUCGCUCCCCUCGUCUCAGCUACUCGUCUCGGCCUCAUCGACGUAAGUCUGACAGCCCCUCUGAUCGGUAAGCUUGGCAGGGUAGGCCGCAUGUACGACUCGCUGGUCAAGCUUCUCAUCGAGGUUCUGCGCGAGGAAGGCAUCCUAGGCCGCGAGUCCUCCAAGUCCGUCAACGUCAUCCUCUCCUCUCUGCAAGACUCAUUCGAAGCCUACCUCACCGAGGACAGCGUCGAGGCAGAAGCGCGUUUCAUUACGCUCUCGCGCUCCAUCUCGUCUGCUCUCGUCAUUCGCGGUGCUCACCUGGCCGUAUUGCGCGCCAUCGACCCGCACGCCCUCGUCGACUUGCAUCGUCGCGGGGCAGAGUAUGUGGCCAAAAAGUGGAAGGCAGCAGAGCGCGCGGGAAGUAAAGGUAUCAAGGCCAAGGCGCCUGCCUUCUGGAAGGGGUUGAGCAAUCUGCUGGUAUCGGCUGGGCCGAGAGAUGCGCACCACAUCAAAACUGCCAUGGAGAAGGUCCUGGCGGACGAAAAGGUAGACAUUUCCCCUGACUCGAAGAUCUGGGACCCGCAACGUCAAUACGAGAAGCGUCUCGUCACUCUCAUGGCCAAGCGGGCGCCCGUCGCGGCAACCAAGGGAGGCAAAGCCGGGCCCACCCCUAGGAAGGGCAAGGCCUCCGCCAACAGGGGAGACGAGGUUGACGACAUGGAGGGAGAUGGCGGCAAUGGAGUCGACCUGCUGCAAGAUGCGCCAGUGGAGAGUACCCCAGCUCGUUCACGCCCUCGCCCUCGCCCUGGACCUGGAGCAGGCAGCGCCUCAAGGAGUAGGGAGCGUAGUGAUGACUCUGCACUCACGGAGCUUUCCGAUCGCCUUGAUGAUGAGGAGGAGGUGGCAGAGGAGCUUGCUCCAAUGGAUGAGGAUCUCGCCGGAGAGGAGGACGAGGAAGCUGAUGACGAACGUAGGCGUAAGCGGGAUGAUAGCAUUGCUGAGAGCCUGCCGGAGGUGACCAACAAGCGCAGAAGACUUGUGGUCGACUGAAAGGACGUGCGGGUGGGCAUGCCGAGCACGUUCAGGCUCGAGGGUCGUGGCGAAAGUUUCCUUUGCUCAUCGUGAUUCCUGUUUCUACUCUUGGUAUCUCUCCUCCCAGCUCCAUCUCGAUCUCCCUUGGCCGUACGAUCCUCUUCGUGAGGCCCUUUCGCUCAGUGUAUCAUCUCUCUCUUCUUUCAGAUGUCAGCAAGCUACAUCUUUGUUCCUCUUUCUGCG